AUGGGUGGGUGGGUAUCUCUCUUCCGGUGGACGUUGUUGAAAGGCCUUUGGUGUGGUAAUGAAGAUGAAGAGUCGAGACCGGCAUCGGCAUCGGAUCGCAGAAGCAAGGAAGCGAUACAGGGCGGCCACCUACUUUAUUUACUUAGUAAGGAAAUCUUCCUUCACCGCGAGCUCCCUUGUUCGAUCACUGAUACGUCGACCCUCCUUCCGACUCUGCAAAGCUCACCGCCCCCCUCCCACGCCGCACGCAGGCGUACCCGAUUCGAAAGCCAAGAUGAUCCAGAGCGGCCCGUAGACUCCCAUGUCCCAGCAGCGUUGGAGCGAGAAAGAGGCCGCGAAAGCUGCCUAGCCCGCAAAGUAUCAUCUCGAGCACGCCACGUUACCGCUGCGUGUGAUUCUCCCUCGCGAAUAGCUCGCUCACAUCGCGUCAGACGCGAUCCAGCAAACCUCCGCAGCGGAGGCGGUUUCCAUGGCCGUAGCGUACAUCCACCGCGGGGAUGGCUCUAUACUUACGAUACUAUCCUCUGGGCAGUAACCCGGUGCGUGGGAACGAUCUCGAGUCCGAUGCUCGCCGAUCGGCCUGCGCCUUCAAGGAUCUUGGGCUCUCUCAUCGGGAGGGGCCAGUCAUUUUGGUCAUCUGGCCUGCUUCGGGUAAUCCUCACGGAGGGCUCGUUCGAGGAACGCCGAUUGAGAACAGGCUUUCCGAAAUCCGGUGCAGCCUGGUCGGGCUUGUCUCUCGACGAUUUCCAGCCGUCUCGCUCGUCGAUUCUGCGCGUUCGAGAGGCUCCGUCGAUGGCUUAUCUCGUGUCUGAUGUUCUGGUAGUCUUCUUCGCAAUGAAGAGAAGUACUGGAGAAGUGUCUGAUGAUCACUCGUCAUCCAUUUCACUACAUCCAGCGCAUCCAGCGCAUCCCCCACCUCCCCCACCCCAACCUCAAACCCGGACCCCUCCCAACCACCACCACCCCUUCUCCCCUCCCGUCGCCGUCACCGUCGCCAUCGCCCUCGCCCUCGCCACCGGUAGCUACCACGCCCAGCCGCCCCUCCUCCCCCCCCCUCCGAUCCCACACCUGCCUCACGAACCUCCCGACGCGCAAGCCCGUCUCCUCAAACACCUCGCGCACGACGGCGUGCAGCACCGUCGCGUCCUCGGCGGGCUCCACCCCGCCGCCGGGGACCUCCCAGACGCCCGGCGCGUGAUCGGUCGCCGCGCGCUGGAGCAGCAGGAGCUGGGACUGCGCGGGGCCGCCGGCCGGGGCGCGGCGGCGGAAGAUGAGGGCGCCGACGCAGAGGUGGGCGAAGCGGCCGGGGUGUGCGGCUGCGAGCUGCUGCGGGCUGGUCGCGGCGUGGUGCCGCAGGUGGGGAGGGACGGCCGAACUCGAAUCGGGCGCCGAAGUGUCGUCAGAUACCGUACACGAGAUCUGGAGCCAAGUUGUGCCAUACGUAGAGGUACGACCCUGUAUGUCGUGGCGAGUUACCUAUCACCGCAUGUGAGAUCUCGACUGGGGGUUACAGAGCGGAAACGGGGGAGUGCUGCACACGAGCUCCAAACAACACCCACCUCUGCCAACACCUACCUCCACGUACCGUGUCCGGCACCCCCAAGGCAGUGUGGCGUGGCAUUCACAGAACCACACCAGAAUAGCUCGUCAUCCCGUACAAAUCCCAGAGUUGCCAUCGCCCAAAAGCCAAGCCGAGCCGACUGA